AAUUAAAUUUUCAAAUUAGAUCAAAAUGCUCAUUAAACUUCUGCCUCUGAUUCUGAUAAUUGGCUACAGCAACAUUUUUGUGCCUGGCAGUGCACAAAAUCUGUUGGACCGUCUCCGGCCUGUGAAUGUGACUCGGUUCGAUGAUGGCAUCAAAGUCGUGUCCGGCACCAAAGUGAAGCGAUACGAACGUCUGACGGUGCCACUGGGAAGUCCGGUUGGCAUACCAGGAGGGGCUGGUCUUUUGGGCCCUCUGUUACCCCCCCAACCGGCCUAUUUGGGAUAUACUUAUUUGGUUCCCCAAUGGCAGGCGGGUGCAAAGCUAGUGGGCGAUGGCGAGGCGGCGGGCGUGGCCGGGAUGAUCACCUUCCAGCAGCUGCCUUACAACUCGGACAUUAAGGUGACCAUCAAUGUGACUGGGCUUCCUCCGGGAAAGCAUGCACUCCAUAUCCACACCUUCGGUGAUGUCAGCGAUGGCUGCAAGUCUACGGGCGGACAGUUUCCCAAUAACUUUCUGGGCAAUGUGGACGCCAAAGACGAUGGCAGCAUAUCCGCAGUCUUCCAGAGCAUUUACAUACAGUUGUUUGGUUUCAAUGGCAUUGUAGGCAGGGCCAUUGUGAUUCACAGCAAAGCUAUCGAUCUGAAUACGGCUCUCAAUGCGGAGGUCUUCUCCUCGUCGCUUCAGGCCAUGCCGAAUGCCUUGGCCUAUCAAAAUGAGGAGAACUCUGUGGGUCCACCCAUAGCUUGUGGCGUGAUUAGCCUCAUGAGCACUGCCGCAGCUCCAGCAUCCGGUUCAUCGGCUGCGGCAGUGGAGAAAAGGGAGAUUUAACGCAUUUAUAAACAUUAUCCAAACCCACAUAAUUUAAUAAAUAU